AUUCACUCAGACGCUCGUCCUUUUAACUGCCCCCACUGCAGUGCCACCUUCAAAAGAAAAGACAAGCUCAAGUACCACGUUGACCACGUGCACAGCACCCGUUUCACUGAACAGCCCCAUGGCACACUCAGCGAGGACUGCGCUGAACCGAAGUCAGCCCUCCAGAGCAGCCCUUCUCCUACGAAUGUCUGCGUGCCCGUCACUUUAGUUCCUGUCCAGAUGGCAGGAGGAGCGCAGGGUGGUCCGAACGCACACAGGGCCUCUUCUAUGUCCUCCCAAACUCACAGCGUUGUGAGCAUGCAGGCUCAAGGACAGCAGCAGAACUCUAGCUACCAGGCGGCUACAGACCUGGCAUUCUUAGAAAAGUACACCCUCACCCCUCAGCCCGCCAACAUUGUCCACCCUGUGAGGCCCGAUCAGAUGCUGGACCCCCGAGAGCAGUCCUACCUGGGCACUCUGUUGGGACUGGAUUCAGCUUCCUCUGUGCAGAACAUCUCUAACUCUGAUCACACACACUGA